AUGGUGUCAAGCUCAUCUGCUGUGGAUAAUCCUACAAAGUAUAUGGACGAGUGGCGAGUCGACCCUUCCAAGUCAGUCCCAAUCUCCCAGUCCAAUAUGUUGUGGCUGAUCUUCCUCGGUGCCUUCCUUAUCGUUGUCUACAACUUCUUCAGGAAACCUCCAGGUCUUCCACCAGAUUUUAGCGGUCUCACUGGCUUCCAGUUAUGUGCCUUAGUUUACUGGUCUCUAGCUCACGAAGCCAAUAGCUUUGAUCUUUGGAGCGAGACUCUACCGGAUACUGUGGAGAGGCUUAGAAGGAAACACGGGGACAUUUACAGCUGGCGGUUGGGUAGUCUAUCUCUCGUGGUCUUAAGUGACUACAACCUUAUCAAGUCCGUUUUCUCGAAGGCGGAAUGUUCAGGAAGGCCGUGGAUUUUCACCCUUCAGUGCUUCACGUAUUUCACUGGAAAAGGCCUGAUUUUCUCCGAGGGACGCCCCUGGCAAGAGAGUCGCCGGUUCGCGCUGCGCCACCUGAGGGACUUUGGCCUCGGUCGCCGUUCGCUCGAGAGGGUCAUCCGUCCUGAGGUGGCGAGCUUCCUGAAGGACCUCGAAGGGCGGGCGGGGAGGCCGACGGAGGUCAACUGGAACCUCAAUGUGGCCGUCCUCAACGUCAUCUGGAGGCUGGUUGCAGACCGCCGAUUUGACAUCAAUGACCCAGAAAUCAUCCGCUUCGAAAAGAUGAUCAGAGUGAACCUUGACAUCAUCAAAGGGGCGGCUGUUUUGCUUGACAUCUUCCCUUGGCUGUUGUAUUUGGCUCCCAAGCCAUGUUUAUAUCAGGAGACAAGCAUCAUUGAAGAGCAUGAAACCUCUCUGGACCCGAAGAAACCUCGAGACUAUAUCGACUGCUACCUGCUGGAGAUGAGGGAGAGGCAUGGCGAUCCCAACACGGCUUUUAAGCGGGACUACAUGGACCUGCUCGUGUCCAUCGCCGAUCUCUUCGGAGCCGGAAGUGAGACGACCUCGUCAACUCUACGCUGGGUCGUCUUGUACAUGGCCCUCCACCCAGACGUGCAGGCCAAAGUGCAGGCUGAGAUCGACGGCGUGGUGGCCAAGGGGACGCUGCCCUCGCUAGCGGAUCGGGCCAAGCUUCCUUACACCGAAGCCACCAUCAUGGAAACCCUCAGGAUGUCCUCGUUAGUUCCUAGAGGAAUCUUUCACUGCAACAGCGAUGGAGACGAGCAGAUCGCAGGAUACAAUAUACCAAAGGGCUCCCUGCUGGUCCCCGAUAUGGAGAAGUGCCACCGAGACCCUCAGUACUGGGAGAAACCUGACCAGUUCUAUCCAGAACAUUUUCUCGACGAAGACAAUCAAGUCAUCACUAAGAAAGACGGUUUUCUCCCCUUCUGUGUUGGGCGUCGACAGUGCCUGGGGGAGUCACUGGCUAGGAUGGAGCUCUUCCUGUUUACUUCGGCUCUCCUGAAGAAGUUCUGCAUCACUCCACCUGCUGGGGUUAAGCUCUCAACUGAAACAAACAAGCACAGACCAGCUUUCAACUUCGCUAAGCCUUUCCAGUGUCAAAGUGAUACCUUGGUGGAAUAUAUUGCUGCAAGUAUUCUGAGAGAAAGUAUUUGCCAAUGUGCAGAUGCUAUCAAAAGUGCUUAUAUGUCAUCGUAUUUUAAGAUUUAUUGGCGACGCCCGUGUCUAGAUUAUACCCUUGAUUUCUUGCGCAGAAACACCCACAUUGCAACCACUAGAUAUUUAUCUGUGACGCAAUUUAGCAUGAACAAGUUAGUAAGACAGGAGGCCUCUUACCGUGGAUUAGAAACCAUGCGUGCAUCGCCUCUUAAGACUUGGCGUGUACUUCAGGAUCUUAGAACGUGUAAUGAGGGACAACCAAUGCUCAAUGUCCAACAGCAUUAUACAAAUCAAGAAAAUUCAGCAGAGAUGAAUCCUGGUUUCUACACAGCAGACCUGUUUAUAUCAAUUGCCCUUAAGGAUUCGGAAACUUCAAAGCCUCCAGAGAUGAAGCAUUUGAUCAGGAGUUUCCCAAGAUAA